GCGAGUGUCAUAAAGAUGAGCUGUGGAAGUGGCUGUUUUCAAGUAACGACAUGGAGCCCAGGACACCGCUACACGCAAGUCUAACUUUGUUAAUCCUUGUUACCAGCAGCCAUGGAGGACACUUAAAAUCAGGGCCCGCUCUAAAAAUGGACCAGGCUUUGUUAACGUUUCAUAACCAGCUGACGGAAGAAGUGCAGGUGUUCUACACGUCAGAUUCCUGCUACAAGUGUGUGUACCAGCAUUUGGUCACUGUGAAGCCCAACAACAACAAUGCAUCUGCGGUGAUCAGCACUAAAUUCCCACUGACUCUGCAAGUGGAAUGGACCAGGAAUGUAACUCUUUGCAGUUGGAGUCAGACAUAUGGAGAAGGUGGUCAUUACUCUGUUUGGAUCCAGAUGUCUGAGGCUGCCAGUAACCCCAGCUGCACCGACGCUGUGGAUAAAAGACCAAACAAUGCACACCUGCCUCUUCUGGUGGGAGCUCUCUCUCUGGCCAUAAUCGCUCUCUUAUUCGUUGUGGCACCCUACAUCUAUAGGAGGCGUUGUACGUCAAAAUGUAUUAGGACCAUUUGCUGCCAAGGCCCACAGUACUCAGUGGAUAAUGACGGAGCACAGGUUUGUGAAGCUGAGCACAACACCACUAAAGCUAAACCAACACGUCUGCGCUCACUGGAUACUUUCCGAGGGUUUGCACUGACAGUGAUGGUGUUUGUGAACUAUGGUGGAGGAGGCUACUGGUUCUUUCAACAUGCACCAUGGAAUGGCCUAACUGUGGGAGAUCUUGUUAUGCCAUGGUUUGUGUUCAUCAUUGGGACUUCAGUGGUGUUGGCUUUCAGAUCCAUGCAGAGAAGAGGAGUUAGCCGGCAGCAGCUGCUGCGCAAAAUCACCUGGAGAACAGUCGUCCUCGUGAUGCUCGGCUUCUGCUUUAUCAACUACUCUCCAAGAGACGGACCACUGUCCUGGUCCUGGCUGAGGAUCCCUGGAGUACUGCAGCGUCUGGGCUUCACCUACUUUGUUUUGUCUCUCCUGCAGACUUUCUGGGGCCUGAAAGAAAUCCCACUGAGAGCGAAUCACUGGUGGAACCCUGUCCAGGAUGUGGUCCUUUAUUGGCCACAGUGGCUGAUUAUCAUCCUGCUGGAGACUCUGUGGCUUUGCAUCACUUUGCUCAUGCCUGUACCCAACUGCCCCACAGGGUAUUUGGGAGCUGGUGGAAUCGGUGAUAACGGUCUUUACCCAAACUGCACUGGAGGCGCAGCAGGAUACAUUGAUAGAUGGAUGUUUGGGGAUAACAUGUAUAGAUACCCUACAUGCAAAGAAAUAUAUCGCACCACACAGCCCUUUGACCCAGAGGGGGUUCUGGGUACAAUCAACUCCAUUGUCAUGGGAUUCCUGGGAAUGCAGGGGGGGAAAAUUAUCAUUUUCUACAGGGGGGCGAACGUCCGCAUCCUCUGUCGAUUCCUUGUGUGGGCCGUCAUCCUGGGAAUCUCUGCAGCCAUCCUUUCUAAGUGCACACGAGACGGAGGAUUUAUACCUGUCAAUAAAAACCUUUGGUCAUUGUCCUAUGUGAUGUGUACGGGCUGUUUCUCCUUCCUGCUGCUGGGAGGCAUGUACUUUGUCACUGAUAUCAAGGGCUGGUGGGGUGGACAGCCAUUCAUAUACCCAGGGAUGAACUCCAUCUUUGUAUAUGUUGGCCACUCUCUCCUGGGUUUCUACUUCCCGUUCAGCUGGGAGAUGCGCUUCCAGGAAAGCCACUGGGAGUGGCUCUUCCAAAGCCUGUGGGCAACUGCACUGUGGGUGCUCAUCGCUUACCUGCUGUACAGGAAGAAAUUCUUCCUCAAAAUAUAAACCAGGAUGAUCAUAUGUGCCUUUUUCAUUUUGUAGAUGUAAUUAUCUUAUUUUAUUAUAACAUCUGUGGGGGAAAUCUAGCCUACUGCUGUUGGCUUAAUCAGUUAGUUUACUUUUCAGUGAUCUAAAACCUAUCCAUGUACAUUUGAAUGAAUUGUAAUGAUGCUAAGAUCCAAGCCAUCUGAUAAACCAAGCAGCUCAGAAGAAGUGCUUUAAGUUUUUACCAAACACAAGCUGCAGCACAGCGAAAAAAAAGUAUAAAAGUGUUCAUCUAUGAAACCCUUUAAAUCACCGCCUAGUUUCUGAAGAAUCUGUCUAGUCCACUGUCAGUGUGGGGCAGCUGAGGAUUUAUUUGAUGCCACUUGUUUUGCGCACUGAAUAGACUGAUUAAAUCAAAUAUACUGAGGUGGUACUUAACAAAUUAGGCCGAGUGAUUCCACUACACACCAGGCCAGCCAUUAUGAGUCUGUUGCCAUGGCCACUCCUCUGUGUGUGUGUGUGUGUGUGUGUGUGUGUGUGUGUGUGUGUGUGUGUGUGUGUGUGUGUGUGUGUGUGUGUGUGUGUGUGUGUGUGUGUGUGUGUGUGCGCACCAUCUGCUGUCCUAGUGACAGUACUUUAAUUGGGGUCAAGAUGCACAGCUCACAAAGAAGUGUCAUUAAUGGGACCGACACCUCUUGCACUCAUUGUAUUAGAAAAUCAGGGAAAUUACACUAAUCCAAUUCAUCACAGAACAACGAUGAACCGUCUCAAAUAGCCUGAGCCAGUUACAUGUUUUACAUAUUUAACACAUAAGAUACUCACCUACUGAAACAGGGUUUAUUCUACAUUUGGAUUAUAAUAUUUCCACAUGGUUGACAUUCGGGUUGAGUGAUUUAUUGAUAUUUUUUGUGUACAUGAUGCUAUUGAACAGUGUGCCCUUAGCAUCAGGUCAGAUGAUGUGUACAUCAUGAAAUGACCAUCUAGUUAAUGAAAUGAAACAGCACCAUGCUCUUCUUCCAGAGUGAAAUCAGAUUACACACUGCUCAGCAGCAUAACAUAAUAUGUACUGGUUUUGGUAAUUGUCUUAA